UAGAUGAUUCUUCGUUCUGUGUGGUUUGGAGCUAAAUCUGUAGAGCCUUUCAUAAUCAUAUCCUUUUUAUGGUUUGUUUGAAUUUGAUCACUGUAGCUGAUUUCAUGCAUUGAUAAUGAAGGCUUAGGUUGCCUAUUUCUCAGCAUAAAUUCACUUCAGACUUCUACUUUGACAGUGCUCUGUGUUUCGGUACGCAUGAAGAUACAGAACUGAAAUUGCUUUGCUUUCUUUACAAAUGACUCAGAGUGUGCUUGUCCUUCCCUAAAAUGUUGCCAGCGUGUGAAGGAUUUUCAAUGAGCAAUGCAAUAAGCCAGCAUCUGGGAAGGUUUGAAGCUGCACUGGUAUAAGAGCGCGCUGUCACACAGAUGAUCAGGGCUGGAGCCAAGUGUCUGUAGCACCGUAGAUCAUAUUGGUUACAUACUGGAAGUUUUGUUUAUAUAACUUGGUUGCUAUUUCAGCUGGUUAAAUACUAUUGCCAUAAUGUGGAGUGGACUUCCCAGUAGAGGCACUACGGCUCUUCCCACCCUUGUGCGCGCUCCUACCUUGAUGAUGCAGCCGUCGCUGGAUAUCAAGCCCUUCAUGUCCUUCCCUGUGGACAGCGGUUCUGCUGUUGGAUUCUUCCCAAAUUUUAACACAAUGGAUCCUGUGCAAAAAGCAGUCAUAAACCAUACAUUUGGAGUGUCCAUUCCCCCAAAGAAGAAACAAGUUAUUUCCUGUAAUGUCUGCCAGCUUCGUUUUAAUUCUGAUAGCCAGGCCGAGGCCCACUACAAAGGAAGUAAACAUGCCAAGAAGGUCAAAGCACUAGAGGCAACGAAAAAUAAACCCAAAGUUGGUUCUUCCAAGGACAGCACAAAGGCUAACACAACCUGCUCCGCCACGCCAGUCACAGCCAACCUCUCUGACAAAUCAGAAGAUAAAGGGAAAGCAAAACCCAAUACUGUGAGUCAGCAUUCCAGUACAGAAGUGGGUCCUUUUCUUCCCAAGCCCGGAGUGGCAGCAAUGGCACCUGUAGCACCUACACCAUCCUCCAAGAGCACAAAUGGAUCUCCUGCCACAGCUUCCGAGUCAGAAGAGGAGAAAGCCAAAAAACUACUUUACUGCUCAUUAUGCAAAGUGGCUGUGAAUUCCCUGUCACAACUAGAAGCCCACAAUACAGGCUCUAAGCACAAGACAAUGGUUGAGGCUCGAAAUGGUGCUGGUCCCAUUAAGUCUUAUCCUAGACCUGGAUCUCGGCUGAAGGUUCAGAAUGGCAGUAAAGGCUCAGGACUGCAGAACAAGACAUUUCAUUGUGAAAUCUGUGACGUCCAUGUUAAUUCAGAAAUUCAGCUUAAACAGCAUAUUUCCAGCAGAAGGCAUAAGGACAGAGUUGCAGGAAAGCCUAUGAAACCUAAAUAUAGUCCUUACAACAAACUUCAGCGCAGCCCAAGUAUUUUAGCAGCGAAACUUGCAUUCCAGAAAGACAUGAUUAAACCGCUGGCACCUGCUUUCCUUUCAUCUCCUCUUGCUGCGGCUGCAGCUGUGUCGUCAGCUCUGUCCCUUCCUCCCCGUCCUUCUGCCUCUCUCUUCCAAGCACCUGCAAUACCCCCAGCUCUCCUAAGGCCAGGCCAUGGUCCCAUCCGUGCAACACCUGCCUCGAUCCUUUUUGCACCAUACUAAUCUCAGUGAUACAAAAAAGAGAUAACUAUGGCCAGUAGAAGGGGUAAAAGGAAAGCAAGAAAGGGGUCGAUACUUUAAAAUGUCUUUCUCUUUUGAAAUGCCAUCCAGUGUGACACCUCAACCAACCACACCACCAAAUUCAUCAUUGACGGGUACUGCAUUCUAGAAGUCUAAACAAUUCUCUCUCUCUUUUUAUCUCUUUGUCAAUCUCUCUUUUUUUUUAUCCCAGUAGAGUGGUUUACUAAAAACUUAAUUGCUCAUAAAAUUAUAUCGUUAAAGAUUCAUGCAUCUAUUAAUGGUGUUUUUUUUUUAAACGUGUAUGAUGCACCUUGGCAACAAGGAACGUAAAAUAUUUUCCUGACUGACUUGAAAACUAGGGUCUUCCUCGCUCACACUUAUGUAAAUAGGUCUCUGAAAACCAAUGGGGUAUAUUCUAGUGUGAAAAAAGGUAGAUGAACCAAGUGCUUAAUUGUGGAUAACAUCUUAAAAAUGAAUUGCGUCCUUUUCUUUUCACUGUGCUCUUGUUGACAGGGAUUGUGUACUGUCCUAGACCCCAGUGCUGGUGUAUCUCGUGUAGUACUAAAGCUGUAUCACAUGUCUGAUUUUAAAAUUUUUAGUUUCUGUGCAGAGGUUUGGAAGCAAUGCAACGCUGAGGCUUUUUUCUUAAUUAUUUCUUUUGUGUCACACUUUAUUUAGAGAGAUUAAAAAUAGAAAGCCAUAUAACAUAUAGUUAAGAUUACUACUUGUUUGCUACUUUCAUUUAACUUAUUUUGUUGUUUCCUCACUGGUGUUGCUAAGCAAUGUCUAAAGAGAAAAAAAAAAAAGCUUUACAAUUGCACAUUACCACAGUUCACAUGCAUUGUUCAAGAAGACAAUGGAUCCAUGUAUUUGUACGUAAAUAUCCUUUCUCUUCAUUUCUAACUAGUUUCCUUUGUAACAAUGCUGCAUAAUGUUGUGGCUCCCUAAUGCAAUAAUGUACAGAACAUAAAAUAUUUAUAAUUGACUGACUGUCUUUUCUGUUUACUAAGUAUAUUGAAGUAAUGCCCCACCUCUCUUCUUACCUCCCCAACCCUUUUAUAAAGGUGAUAUCAAUAUGCAGUACUCAGACUGAAGUCAUUAUGUGAUAAUGGGGACAACAGGUGGAAGAAAGAAAAAAAUUGAAUUAACUUUUAGACCAUCUUUAUCUGCAAUCCAUAAUAGUAAAAUGUCUGUGUAUUUUUUUAAAUGUACAUUUUCAAUAAAAUAAUAAGAAAAAUACA